UUAGAAAAAGGCCUCGCCUUGCAGUUCCUCUUCGCCUUAUCAGUCUAUUUGAGGUCACCAAAAGCCGACUGAAGCAGAAAAAAAGCUUUUUGGAGAUCCUACUUUUCUUGCUAAGCAGAUUAUGGCUAAACCCAUAUCGAUCGAGGUAUGGAAUCCCAGCGGCAAAUACAGAGUCGUGAGUACCAAGCCCAUGCCAGGAACCCGCUGGAUCCGGCUAUUGACCGACCAAGAUUGUCGCGUUGAGAUUUGCACCGAGAAGAAGACUAUCUUGUCAGUGGAGGACAUUAUCGCGCUCAUUGGGAACAAAUGCGACGGAGUCAUCGGCCAGCUCACAGAAGAUUGGGGGGAGGUGCUUUUUUCCGCCCUGAGCAGAGCUGGUGGAACCGCUUUUAGUAACAUGGCCGUGGGUUACAACAACGUCGACGUGAAUGCGGCAAACAAGUAUGGAGUUGCAGUUGGAAAUACGCCGGGAGUUCUAACUGAGACGACGGCCGAAUUGGCCGCCUCACUUUCUCUGGCGGCAGCAAGGAGGAUUGUGGAAGCUGAUCAAUUCAUGAGAGCUGGAUUAUAUGAUGGAUGGCUCCCUAAUUUAUUUGUUGGGAAUUUGCUCAAGGGACAGACAGUGGGAGUGAUAGGAGCUGGUCGUAUUGGUUCAGCUUAUGCUAGGAUGAUGAUUGAGGGCUUUAAGAUGAACCUUAUAUACUAUGAUCUGUAUCAAGCUACAAGGCUUGAGAAGUUUGUUACAGCAUAUGGGCAAUUUCUGAAAGCCAAUGGUGAGCAGCCUGUUACUUGGAAAAGAGCUGCUACAAUGGAGGAUGUGCUGAGAGAGGCUGAUGUGAUAAGUCUUCACCCAGUAUUGGAUAAAACUACAUAUCAUCUGAUCAACAAAGAGAGACUGUCAAUCAUGAAGAAGGACGCAGUCCUUGUGAAUGCAAGUAGGGGGCCAGUGAUUGAUGAAGCUGCACUGGUAGAACAUCUAAAACUAAAUCCCAUGUUCCGCGUUGGCCUUGAUGUUUUCGAGGAGGAACCUUUAAUGAAACCAGGGCUUGCUGAACAGAAAAAUGCUGUGGUUGUGCCUCAUAUUGCAUCUGCUUCCAAGUGGACGCGCGAAGGAAUGGCUACUCUUGCUGCUCUAAAUGUUUUGGGCAAGAUCAAAGGAUACCCAGUUUGGUCUGAUCCUAAUAGUAUUGAAACUUUCUUAAAUGAAAGCUCUCAGCCUCCACCAGCUAGUCCGAGUAUCGUCAAUGCAAAACAACUUGGUUUGCCUUCUUCGAAGCUGUGAAAGGAAAGCUCAUGGUGGGCAAGUAUAUUCAGCUGAAAUAUUUAGAGUAUAUAAGGGCCUUUUUAUAGUCAAGCCGGUCCUUUACAGUUUAGCACAGCACAGCUGCUUUGUCUAAUAUUGUUAAGUUUCUCUGUAAGCUAUGCUGAAAUAUAUUUGGACUUUCAGGAAUAAAAUUCCUCAUAUUGGCUUAUAUUUAGUACAAAUUGGAGAUCUUUCGACUGGUUUUAGCUAAUAGUUUGAUCUUCACUGUAAAGUACCGUUAAGUUUUGAAAAGAAAUUUAUGUAGAAUAACUUGGGCUGUA